AGGGUCCGUGCUAACCUAAGAAGGCGGUGAGAAAAGCUAGCAAGUGGACCGGGAAAGCUUUUCUCCAACGCCGACAAGUUUUCGCUUGCGUCCCUCAACAGAUCGAGGCUUCAGUUUUACAUCAACAUCUCUCUUCUUUCCCCUCCGUCCUGCCAUGGCAAGCACACUCCCAGCUCUGGCCAUUCCAGGCCAACGUCUGGGCCCAGUGACCUCCUACUCCGCCGGCCCAGGCACCCACGUACAGCAAUACAAUGUCUACGCCUCCAUCGCCGGCCCAGUCGUCGUCGAUCCGGCGCAACCAGGUUCGAACGGCAAGGCCACUCUAAGCGUCUCUCGUUCCCCCAGGGCCCCUGGAACAGGCAAUGCCGCGAAGCCCGUAACCACGCCCGUCGGUGCCAAGCCCUCAGCAACUUCCACAUCUACCCCCAAACCCAAACCGAAAUACAACACACUCCCCGCAGUUGACUCGGUGGUGCUGGCGCGCGUGACACGGGUCCAGAAACGCCAGGCUACGGUCUCCAUUCUCGUUGUCCUGGAUGAAUCAGCCAACACACAGGGCGUCAAUCCAUCGCAGACGACGUCAGAUAACGACAAUAUCGAGGCGAUUCUCUCCUCCGCCGCCAAUCCAGAGAACCACAGCAGUUCCGAUGAACUGCGGUUCCAGGCUUUGAUCCGGAAGGAGGAUGUGCGUGCUGUUGAGAAGGACCGCGUCGUUAUGGACGAGAUGUUCCGCGUUGGUGAUAUUGUCCGUGGCACGAUCAUUUCUCUCGGUGACCAGAGCUUCUACUAUUUGACGACUGCGCGCAAUGAUCUGGGUGUCGUCAUGGCUCGUAGCGAGGCGGGUAAUAUGAUGUUCCCGGUUAGCUGGAAGGAGAUGCGAGAUUCUGUCUCCGGCCAAACGGAGUUGCGGAAGGUGGCGAGACCUUUUUGAUGGGCUGAAUUCUUGUUCGAGGGUUGUCGGUUUGUGGACUGAUGGUUUUUGCCCCUACUUUUUACAAUCAUAAGACUGAGAAAGGCUCUUAUGCGAUGCCUUGUUUCUUGGUACUUCUGGGACGAACUCGCGUGCUGGCGCGGACGGCUGGAGAGAUCCGUUGGUCCCUUGUUCCAGAAGGAAUUCACGGCGUCCGGCUCGGAGCCGUUUUGUUUUGGACAGACGCUAUGCGACUGGAGUUGAGAAGCUCUAGGUCCUUCGCGGGGAGAAGAUGCCCCCUUGCAUACUACAGCUGUACAUAUCGGAAGUCCUGGUGCGCCAGUGCUUCAUGCGCUUCACAUCUAAUGAUGUGUGAUGAGUUACGAACAAGCUAAUUUAAGAGAAUACAAUCACUCUUCCAAAAGUUCUAGACAGUUUUCACGGACUUACCCGAACACACCUCCAUAGUAUACAUGGUUCUGGCUUUCCAUGCUGAACUGUGUUUGUCAACGGAGGAAGAUUAAUGGUAUCUCGCGUGGGGAAAUACUCAUCUUCACGACCCUCUUUCUGACCUCUCCAUAUCUAUAUUCCAUAGAUUUGAA